AUGGUGGGGUCGCGUGACUGGCAAAGAUGCUCUCAGGUAGUGAUUGUCCUACGCCACCAGGACAUCAAUAUGGACCAGCUGAAACGCCUCAUUCAGAAAAUGGGAGAAUUGACUGGCAAACCAGAGGAAGGAAAGCUACAUAUUAACCCAAUACACCCGGAGGUUAAUUCCUGCCUUGGGAACGACGAGGCUCUAUUGUCCUCCGAGCAUAAUCGCGAUAAAUACGACGACUAUCUGAACACGAAGCAGAAGCAGUUUGCCAGUCGAGGUUGGCAUGCUGAUACCUCAUAUGAGAAUAUCCCAUCGGACUACAUUGGGAUGAAGAUGGUGAAGGCUCCAAUGACCGGAGGCGACACCCUUUUUGCCUCGUGCUACGGGGCCUAUGACCGCUUGUCCGAGCCGUGGCAGAAGAUGGCUGAUUCACUGUCCUCCACGCAUCAUGAACCAGACAUUAUGCCACUUGCAGACAAAGGACUCAACCUUUGGUUAGGUCCCAGAGGCCAUCUCCAGAAUGUCGGUGGCAGAUUCGAGGCGACUCAUCCCCUGGUAAUAACCAACCCGGUAACCGGCUGGAAAGCACUGUGGGGGUUUAGUCCAAUCUCGAUGCGCGCUAAAGGGAGAAUCAAUGUCUUGAAGUUGAUUACAGACAAUCAUGAUCUGCAAUACCGCCACCGUUGGAAGCCUGAUGACAUUGUGAUUUGGGACAAGUGA